AUGGUCGGCCCAGUUUUCAUACUCCUCCCUUUUUUUCUUCAAAUCCGGUAAUUGUUGAAAAAGUUGUAGAUAAGCAUGAUGAUUACAGAGGUUAUUGCAUCGGCAACAAUGGAAGUGUCUGCGAGGCCACUCGAGACUGUUACUAUAUGAGGUACUUGGACGACGGAAUUGAACAGGAAGAGUUGGGAUGUGACCAUCAAUUGUAUGGUUUGCAGAAGGGGGAUGACAUGGCCACUCAACAGUGUUUCAGAAAUGGUAAUGCACCUCUAUGCUACUUUUAUUUUCUUUUAGAGUCCUCAAUUCAUUGUGUAUGCAGAGACAGACCCACAUUUGAAUGUAAUCGGAUCUUCUCCAUGAAGUUUCAGGCCGUUGAAUAUGUUUCAACUCAAGCAGCAGCGCUUCUUGUGAUUAUGUUUAUUGCUUUGAUCUGGUUGUUUUCUUUGAGCAAAACUUUCUUUAAAUUCCUGGGGGCUUGGCCCAAAGAAAAGGAAGUUCCUUGGUAUAUCCAUUACUUCUGUUUGUUCACUGAGAUGUUGAUUGUAAGUGUCACGAUGUUUUACAGUCAUCUUUCAGACAUUGAUGUCUUUCUAUACGUUCCUGCAUUUCAAGUUAACUCUGUUCCGCUGUGAUUUGAAGGCAACCAAUUCAGCCAUGUAAUUUGAUAAAAUUCUCAUAAUUUGUCUUCUGAUAUGUCAUCUACAGUGAGGGACCUGAUCCAAUGGCAAAAAACGUCUCCUUUUGCAUCCCGGAAGGGACCACAAUGACUGCAAACCCUUUCCUUCUCCAAGCUAAAAAACCCCGCUUUGAAGAGCCCGCCUUGAAGGAAAGGGCGCGCUUUUCAAAGCGGAGUUUUUUAGCUUAGAGAAGGGAAUGGUUUGGAGUCAUUUUGGUCCCUUCCGGGAUGCAAAAUGAGACGUUUUUUGCCAUUGGAUCCGGUCCCUCACUGUAAAUACUAUGUUUUAGUGCUGUGCCGGCCUUCUACCGUAUGCCCGAAUAUGACAGAGGAAUUUCUUUUGCUUCUUCAUCCUUCUUCGCCACCUCAUCGCUGUCUCUUCUUCGAGUUCUCAUCUUGGUAUGUGAAUUUCUUUACACCCAAUGCAAUACUAAACAUUACAGUUGAAGGGAAAGAACCAAUUGAAUAGAAAAGAUGUGUUUAUCUGGUCCGUCUUCGUCAAGUUGAUCUGUUUGAUGGCGAUGUCUUUUUCCCAUCGUUAUCUUCAACUCACUACUUACGAUGACUUGGCCAGAAAACAUUCCUGUUCUUUUAGAGAGGACCUACUGGAUGUAAGGCCCUAUUCAAUAUUACAUGUAUGAUUAAUUUAGUUUUCGGUAUUAUGCAACCAAUUGACGCUUGUUUUUCUGUGUGGAUCCUUCUUUGUGGAUCUCGUUUAUUACAUCAGCCCGUCGUUCGAAAGUAAAAGCGCUCGAUGUAAGUGAUCUUUAUUUGAUUACUUUCCCAUCUCACAUUUUUAUUUGAUUAGUUUCCUUUUAUAAAAGAUUGUUUUUUCCGAAAACUUUUUUUAAAGAUUACCUCCGAUUGACAAAAAAAACGUUUAGGUGACAACGAAGUGUACUCGAGUACAAUUGAAGCACCAUUACUGCCCAAAGAAUCACCGGAGAUUGAGAUAGAUGUCAAGAAAAUGAGCGAUGAUAUCUACAGUAUAUUUUUGCAAAACAAAAGCGAGAGAAUUGUAAUCGGAAGCAUGGAAAAGAACUCGAAUCCGGAGAAGAUCGAGGUUUCCGAUAGCAAUUUUCAUCUGGAGCCUCGACAAACCUGUUUUGUAAGUGUUAUUUAUCAGUUAAGUAAUCAUACUUGUUAAUUACUUGUUUGAUUGACUUUCUAAUCCCGUUGAACUUGAUUCAGGUUACGGUAGUCGGCCCCGCCCAGUCCAGCCUGACGAGUCGCUUCGGUUUCGCGACGGAUUCGACGAUUUUCCAACGGCACAUUAUCUUGAAAUAG